AUGGGUCAACAUUUAUCUACUAGUAAUUCACAAAUAUUUGACUUACUUAAAUUAAAAUAUUCUACUAUCAAUUCAGCUGAAGUCAUAUCUUGUAUUGAUCCAGAAGAUAUUCAUUUAUUUUUAUCUCCAAAAAUUCAUUCAGAUAGAAUCACUGAUCAAUAUAAUAAUGAUAAUAAGCAACAAUCUUCAAUUACAUCAACACUUUAUGCUUUAAUUAAAUCAGCUGAAAAACUCGUUUCAAGUAAAAUUCAUCUUUCACAUGCAUCAAAAACAGAUUCAUCAUCAUCCAAUGAUCGAAAUAUUGAAAAACAGUUAGAAAUAAAUUUACGCAAAUUUUUAAAUUCAAAAGUAUCAUUCAAAGAAAUUCUAUCCGUCUUAAAUCAGCUUCUAUUCGAUAUACAUUAUGUUUAUGAUUUACGAAAUAUUUUUUCAUAA